CCAAUAUCAAAUUGCGUAAUAUUGUAAAUGCAGUGAUUUCUGCUCCAUAUUUUUUCAGCGCAAAUAAUAAAUAUAAGUUUUGUGCAAAGAAAAAUGAGCAAAACAGUUAGCAGGGAAGCGAUUUUGAGGGUUCUCAGGCUUCUUAGUGGAACACAGUAAGUAUAAUAUUGAAUGCAUUUGUGAAUUUGUCAAAUUCAUACUGUUCACAAACUACACAAAGUAUUUAUACUAAAAUCUGCUCUAUUUUAGAUGCAGCUGCCCAGCUCAUUCACAAGCCUUCAGUCACCAUGGUAAGUUGAAAAAUUUGCAAUAACUCUAUAGUUGUAGUGGGGCCCACUGGGGGCGGUUUAUAUGACUCCCGGAUAUAUGUGGGAAGUUCCGUGGUACGUCACGCCUGUGAUUCCAUGAUGGGAUCCAGAACCAGGACACAGAAUACUACACAGAAGUUCAUCUCCAUUGCUUUUAGCGUAAGCUCUAUUCGUCAUGAUUCGUCACUCAGCAAGUACCGUAAACAGAAGCAGUUCCCCCCUGGAAAUACUAAAAAUGGGCACAUGUCCAGGGGGGACUGCUUUUGUUUACGGUACUUGCUGAGUGACGAAUCAUGAUCAAUGACGCUUACACAGUAUUCUGUGACCAGGAUAUCCAUUUGGUCAUUCCGAUCCUCAAGUAAAAAUUUCUGAAUAACUGGAACAAUUUUUUCAGGGCAUCGACAUGCAUCCGUACCAUCUGCUGAAGUACAACAGAGCAAGGAAUAUGCAUUUGAGGUGAAAUAUUACUAACCUUGAUACAAAUCUUAUCCCAUUAAGGUCAAUGCAGAUAGAAAUAAUCAUAUUAAAAUAGACCAGAAUAUUAAUAAUCAAUUGGAAAGUCUUUCAAAGCAAAUUCACUCUUUCUUUUUUGGCAGUUUGGUCACAAACCAGCCAGCUUAGCCAGACUAUCGUCCCAUGUUGGUUGUGUGCAACCCAUUGAGCUACAACGCACCCUAAUUUGAUAAACUUUGGUAAAAUUAUGUUUAUCUUUCUUUUGGUACAGAUGGCAUCGUCCAGUAUACGCUAUGGUGCAGGGGUUACCCAGGAAGUUGGCAUGGUAUGUAUGUUAUGGUGACAUGAUUAAAUGUCAUAUAUUAUGAAAAUAUUGAACUUUGAGAGACCUCUGUUUCAACUCCAAAUGUGUAGAUGUUUUUUGUUUUCAUUGACAGGAUUUUAAGAACAUGGGGGCGAAAAAUGUUUGUGUUGUUACUGACAAGAAGGCAAGUUAAUUGAUAUACAUGUUUUGCAUUUGAGCAGCGCUUGAGAUGUUAGACAGAGCCAUGGAGCUACACUACCUCCGUAGACUAGGGGGCAUAUUAAACACAGAGCACAUGUAUAAUAGAUUCUUUGGGGCUCUAUCUUUGUCUAUAGGAGAUUCUCCUUGCAAGCAUGGGAGAUUUUGUCUAGUGCUGGAAAACCAAUUACGUCUGCUCUAGAUCCAGACCAACAAAAAGCACGUACAUUCAUUGAUUCUAGGGUAACCAAAUAUCUUUAGGGAAACCAGAUUAGGUUUCCACAAAACUAGGUUUUUAUGGUAAUGCAACGAUAUAAUUACCCAAGUUAGGUUAACUACCGUACUGUCAGACAGCCUGUCAGUUUGGACAAAAAUAAAUUAGACAACUAUUUGUUAAAUUCAUUUAUUAGUUGAGUGAGCUACCACCAGUGUUUGAAGCUCUGAACUCAUUGUGCGUCCAUGGAGUGAAACACAAUGUUUUUGAUAAUGUCAGAAUUGAACCCACUGAUGAAAGGUAAUACACAUUUGUGGCCAUUGUCUGAUGGCAAGUGAAUUUUAUGCAGGGCAACUAAUUCUCAUGUCCAACUUGCCCUGGCAAGUAGUCAAAAAAGUAAAGUUACACCAGUGAACUUGUUAACAAGCUUGCUACAAACCUAUUGGAAACACAUCUUGUUGUGAAGUUGUUGGAACAGCAUUGUGACAACUUGUUAACAAGCUUGCUACAAACCUGUUGAGAAAAUAUCUUGUUGACAAGUUGUUGGAACAGCAUUGUCACAACUUGUUAACAAGCUUGCUACAACCUGUUGAGGAGACAUCUUGUUGACAGGAACAGCAUUUUCACAACUUGUUAACAAGCUUGCUACAAACCUGUCACGAAAAGUCUUGAUGACAAGUUGUUGGAACAGCAUUUUCACAACUUGUUAACAAGCUUGCUACAAACCUGUCACGAAAAGUCUUGUUGACAAGUUGUUGGAACAGCAUUGUCACAACUUGUUAACAAGCUUGCUACAAACCUGUCACGAAAAGUCUUGUUGACAAGUUGUUGGAACAGCAUUGACACAACUUGUUAACAAGCUUGCUACAAACCUGUCACGAAAAGUCUUGUUGACAAGUUGUUGGAACAGCAUUGUCACAACUUGUUAACAAGCUUGCUACAAACCUGUCACGAAAAGUCUUGUUGACAAGUUGUUGGAACAGCAUUGUCACAAUUUGUUAACAAACUUGCUACAAACCUGUUGAGGAGACAUCUUGUUGACAGGAACAGCAUUGGAACAACUUGUUAACAAGCUUGCUACAAACCUGUCGCGGAAAGUCUUGUUGACAAGUUGUUGGAACAGCAUUGACACAACUUGUUAACAAGCUUGCUACAAACCUGUCGCAAAAAGUCUGGAUGACAAGUUGUUGGAACAGCAUUGUCACAACUUGUUAACAGGCUUGCUACAAACCUGUCGCGGAAAGUCUUGAUGACAAGUUGUUGGAACAGCAUUGUCACAACUUGUUAACAAGCUUGCUACAAACCUGUCACGAAAAGUCUUGUUGACAAGUUGUUGGAACAGCAUUGUCACAACUUGUUAACAAACUUGCUACAAACCUGUUGAGGAGACAUCUUGUUGACAGGAACAGCAUUGGAACAACUUGUUAACAAGCUUGCUACAAACCUGUCGCGGAAAGUCUUGUUGACAAGUUGUUGGAACAGCAUUGUCACAACUUGUUAACAAGCUUGCUACAAGCCUGUUGCGGAGACAUCUUGUUGACAAGUUGUUGGAACAGCAUUCCAGGUGAUCUUGAUACGCGGAAAAGUACUGGCACUAGUUGUCAAAUAGAAAUCCAUUUUAUGAUUAAAACAACUGAAUAUCUCCUGUAAUAUACUUUAUUUCGAUUCCAUAUUUUUGUCAGAGCUAUAGUUCUAUAACCAAACAUAAUUACAAAAUUUCAACUAGUUUCAUAAAGAAUAACGAAAGAUAUAAUUGACUGAAUACAUCAAAAUGGAUUUCUAUUCGGACAACCCUUUCUGAGCGCUGAUUGGCUAAAAUACGAACACGAGAUCACCUGGUUGUCACGACUUGUUAAGAAGCUUGCUACAAACCUGUCGCGAAAAGUCUUGAUGACAAGUUGUUGGUGUCACCUUCAUUGGCAGUCCAAGGCUAUCUCCCUGUGGAAAAUUUAGACCAUGUGGCACUUCCAGGCAUUUUGAUUUCCGUUUAGAGAUUUUGUCAUAUUUUAAAUAUGUACCGUUAACAAAGAAUAUCAUGUGAAAUGUAUGUUUUUAAAACAAGAAAUCUUUCUCCUGAUAUUUCUGUUCUGAAGAUGAAAUAUUUUUGUUAUAAUUUGUCUACACUAAUUUUGCCGUUACAUCCACAAUAUUUCGCGAAGCAUGCCCAGUGAUUGUGGCGACCAUCACUAAGUUGCUGUGACGAGAGCUCUGCCACUAUGUCACAAAUUUAGUUGCGGCUGUCACAAUUUCACAAUGUAAUGUUUUUAGUUUCCAGGAGGCGAUCAACUUUGCAAAGGAAGGUGAUUUUGACUGUUUUCUAGCAGUAGGGGGUGGAUCCGUCAUGGACACGGCCAAAGCCGCAAACCUCUACUCAAGUUGCCCCGAAAAUGAGUUCUUGGAUUUUGUGAAUGCUCCGAUUGGGAAAGGUCUACCUGUGACGAAACCACUGAAGCCGCUGAUUGCAAGUGAGUUAAUAUUUUAUGUUUCCACCUUUGUGUGUUUGGUUGUUUGUCUGUCUGUGAGCAUGAAACAGUGAUUCGUGCUCACAGACGGCCUUGCGAUUUCG